GUACGAGCGGGUCACGUUUUCCCAUUGGUUCCCUACCACACACGCAGCGGCGUCAAACAGCACCAGCAAAAUUCGAGGAGAGCGGCGGCAGGCAAAGCGGUUUUUGCUGCGCUUCUCCUAUUUUAAGUGCCGAGCGUUUUACUAUUUUUACUACAGAGCCACACACAGAUACAAACACACACCAGUGCAUGCGUGGAUAUUCGGACAUUCGGGCAUUCGUGUGUCUGUCUGUGUGUGUGUGUGUGUGGGGUGUGUGGAUUUUCAGUUAGAAAACAACAACAACAACAACAGAAACGACAAUUAUAUGGCAGUGUUAAAUGUUAUUAAAAUGAUCUUCCAUAAAUAAAUAUUGAGCAAUACCCAAAGAAAUAAAUUGUUCAGAAUUACACACGGCAACAGCAGCAGCAACAUCAGCAGCAGCAGCAGCAGCAGCAUCGGUGGAGAAUCAGAGCCAAAACUAGGCUAAAUAUCUUUGCAUACUUUUGGGCCAGCUUUUCAGCACACACAGGCACACAGACAAAGCGAUAGACAGACAGACAGGUCCUGCGCCUGCGGUCGCCGACAUUUGAACCUGUUCCAAGCCCCAGCGCUGACCGCUGACCGCUGAGCGCCGGCAGGCCGUGCAUCUCCGUAUCCGUGUCCGUGGCGUCCUCGUUUGCUGCUGUUUCCUUUAGUUUUGGCAGCAGAUGAAAAUGUGCAAUAAGAGUGAGAAAAAAUAAGAAUAACGAACGAACAAGCACACACACACACAAACUCACAUCGAAAAGGACAAGCGCAAAAAGAGUUCAGUUUCGGUGCAGUGGCUCUGAGUGGUGCAACGGUUCAACAGCCUCCGGGUUCCGUGUUCCGGGUUCCGGGUUGUUCGGGGCAAGCACAACUGUGAAUUCGUGAGUGCAGUGCCCGUCGUCGCUUCGUCCCGGCUUCGUGUGCGCAUCCUGUUUGUCUUUCAGCGCCCUGUGUGUCCGUGUAUGCAUCUGUGUAUCCUGCAACAAUAGCAGCAGCAUCUCUGCAGCGGGGAGAAUUGUGUCAGCAGCACACAGCAGCAGCAGCUGCAGCAGCAGCAUCAGUGGAGCAGCAGCAACUUCUGCAGUUCGCCAGUCUGGCGCCUCAAUCUCCAAUUGCCGGUGCAGCGGCGGCCCAACUGCGUCAAAGUGUUAAACGUGCCAUUGCGAGAAUGCCACUUCGCGGUCCUACGUCAUAAUCAACCAUCCACUGCAUCAGACUUCAGCAUUCAGCAUUAAGAGAAAUCAGCACUAGCCAAAGCACGAGCACGAUCACUAAGCACAAAAAAAACCAACCCAGAGAAGAAUUCAACUGCAACCUGCAACACAGCCAAAUCGAACGCAACAAGAAAGCUUCCAGAAUCCAAAGCCAAGCGAGCGAGGAGUUCCAAUUCCCACUUCCCCACACUUCCAGAGCGAAGCAGGAGCCCCCAGAGAACCCAAUUAGUUGUUAACUGAAACUGAAACGAGAGAAGAAGCCAACAUUACAUCACAGCUCCGCCAUGAAACUGCUCAUAAAGUCCAUUGCCACCUGCGCAUUAGUCGCGUUCUUCAUCUAUGCCACCGCCCAGUCUCUGGCCAAGGUGCAGGAUGUGGAUGAUGGCACGAGGGUGUCAUACAGGUCGUCAUUGAACAGGACCGAGUUCAGCCAAAACCAAAGCCCAUUUCACAGUCGACGGCUGCGGCAGGCGCCAGAUGAUGGCGGACUGGAAGGGACUGAGAUUACGUUCAAAGAAGAGAAUGCCGAAGACAGGGCAACGAAAACCGACUCGGAAGAGAUUCGAGUCUGCGACGCGGGCCUGAUAUUGCCGCUGUGGAUGCCGCAGAAGAAUAUCUCGCUGGGAGAUCGUCUGAUACGUGGCUUCGUCUACUUCCUGCUACUGGUGUACCUGUUCGUUGGAGUGUCCAUUAUCGCGGACCGUUUCAUGGCGGCCAUCGAGGCGAUCACAUCCACAGAGCGGACCGUGGUGGUGAAGGGGCCCAACAACGAGAAACAGACCAUGCAUGUCCGCAUCUGGAACGAGACGGUGGCCAAUCUGACGCUGAUGGCUCUGGGAUCGAGUGCACCGGAGAUUCUGCUCUCCGUUAUCGAGAUCUAUGCCAAGGACUUCGAGAGCGGCGACCUGGGGCCGGGCACCAUUGUCGGCUCCGCUGCCUACAAUCUGUUCAUGAUCAUUGCCGUGUGCAUGGUGUGGAUACCGGCGGGAGAGGUGCGUCGGAUCAGGCAUCUGCGCGUCUUCGCCGUCACAUGCCUCUUCUCGAUCUUCGCCUACGUCUGGCUCUGGAUGAUCCUCUCCGUCAUCUCGCCGGGCAUCAUCGAGGUGUGGGAGGCCCUUGUCACCCUGCUCUUCUUCCCAGUCACGGUCAUUUGGGCCUACAUUGCCGAGCGCCGCUUGCUCGUCUACAAGUACAUGGACAAGAACUUCCGCGUGAAUAAACGCGGCACUGUGGUCGCCGGCGAGCACGACCAGGUGGAGAUGGAUGCGGAGAAGGGGCGCCAUCCGAUUGUCAGCUUCCCGUCGCAUCGCAACUCCGAUGCGGAGGCCUUCGACGAGGCGCGACGCGAGUACAUCACCGUGCUGUCGGAGCUCAGACAGAAGUAUCCCGAGGCGGAACUGGACCAGUUGGAGAUGAUGGCCCAGGAGCAGGUCAUCUCGCGCGGCAACAAGUCGCGCGCCUUCUACCGAGUCCAGGCCACCCGCAAGAUGGUCGGCAGCGGCAAUCUGAUGCGCAAAAUCCAGGAGCGCGCCCACAGCGAUCUCACCGAGGUGAAGGCCUCGCUGCAGCAGAGCGACGAGGACGAUCCGGACGAUCAGCCGACCCGCAUCUACUUUGAGCCGGGCCACUACACCGUCAUGGAGAACUGCGGCGAGUUCGAGGUGCGUAUCGUGCGCCGUGGCGACAUCCACAGCUACUCGACCGUCGAGUACGAGACGCAGGAUGGCACAGCCAUCGCCGGCACCGAUUUCAUUGGCAAGAAGGGGGUGCUCAGCUUCCCGCCGGGCGUUGACGAGCAACGCUUCAAGAUCGAGAUCAUCGAUGACGACAUCUUCGAGGAGGACGAAUGCUUCUACAUUCGCCUGUUCAAUCCAUCGGAAAAUGUGCUGCUAUCGGUGCCCCAGAUCGCCACCGUAAUGAUCCUGGACGAUGAUCAUGCCGGCAUUUUCGCCUUCACCGAUUCCUUCGUUGAGACCAGCGAAUCGGUGGGACUCUAUGAGAUAUCCGUGAUGCGCUAUUCCGGAGCCCGUGGCACCGUCAUUGUGCCCUAUUGGACCGAAGAUGAGACCGCAGUCGGUGGCAAAGACUUUGAGGCCGUUCGCGGCGAACUGAUCUUCGAGAACAAUGAAACAGAACAAAAAUUCAGCGUACUUAUACUGGAGGAGAGCAGCUACGAGAAGGAUGUCAGCUUCAAGGUUCACAUCGGAAUGCCACGAUUGGCACCAGAUGACUUUAAUAAGGAAUCAUUUUUCAAUCGAUUUUUUGACAAACACGAACACUCUGGAGAUCAUACCUACGAUGAACUUCUAGCGAAAAUCCAAGAGGUGGAGAGCAAGGACACCAAAGAUUUGACCGAACUGGACCGCAUCCUGUUGCUGAGUAAGCCCAGAAACGGAGAGCUGACCACCGCACAUGUCCGCAUUCGAGAGAGCAAGGAAUUUAAGGCUACUGUCGACAAACUGGUGGCCAAGGCGAAUACUUCAGCCGUGCUUGGCACAUCCUCCUGGAAGGAACAGUUCAAAGAUGCCCUCACCGUCAUCCCAGCCGAUGAAAGUGAGUACGAUGAUGUGGACGAGGAUGUCGAAGAGGUGGUGCCCAGCUGCCUCAGUUACAUCAGCCACUUUGUCUGCCUAUUCUGGAAGGUUCUCUUUGCAUUUGUGCCGCCCACAAACAUUUGCGGCGGCUAUGUGACCUUUGUGGUUUCGAUAAGCGUCAUUGGAAUCAUCACCGCCGUCAUUGGGGAUGCCGCCACCUAUUUCGGUUGCGCCCUCAAUAUCAAGGAUUCGGUUACCGCCAUUCUGUUUGUGGCCCUGGGCACCAGCAUACCAGACACAUUUGCCAGCAUGAUUGCGGCCAAGCACGACGAAGGUGCCGAUAACUGCAUCGGCAAUGUCACGGGCAGCAAUGCGGUCAACGUAUUCCUGGGCAUUGGACUGGCCUGGUCCCUUGCCUCCAUUUACCACAUGGCCCAUGGCAAGACCUUUAACGUGGAGCCGGGAACGAUUGGCUUUGCAGUGGGGCUCUUCGUGGCCUUGGCUAUGGUUGCCGUCUCUCUGAUCAUGUUCCGGCGCUGGAACAAAAACAUUGGCGCGGAGCUGGGCGGUCCUAAGACUUCCAAAUAUUUGUGCGCCUCGAUUCUGGUGUUCCUCUGGAUUUUCUAUGUGGUCAUCUGCACUAUGGAAGCCUACGACAUCAUCCGUGUCUAAGCGGACUACACCACACCAGCACCAGCAUUCGAAUGGCGUUGGCUCAAACGAAGCACGCGAAGAAGCUGUUCGAGGGAAGCAGUUUUAUGAAUGUAUAUGUAUAUAUAUAUGUACGUGCGUGUGCUAUAUAUAUAUAUAUAAACAUGAUUGAUAUUUAUUGUGUAAAAUUUAUGUUAAUACUAAGUAAGAGUAAAAUUUUAAUGUUUAACUAGGUUUGUAAGUUGGGGCAUAUUUUGAUUUUAUUUCAUUUUAAAUAUUGCGUACUAUUUUACGAUUACAUAACGUUACUCCCUUUUAUUGAUAUAUAUACAGAUAUGAAUUGUAAAUACAGAAAGGCUGCCACGGCUCAGCAAUCUUGUAAUUGUAACGAGAUCAUUCAUUGUUAUGCCAUAUAUACUUAAUUAUACAUACUCUAAAAUACGAUUAUACAUAAAUACAUAUACAUAUAUAUUUAUUAUUAUAUCAUUCUGCGUACAACUUAAGUCAUUGUUGUUGUUUGUUAAAGCUGUACUUAAUCCAAGUCCACAAAAACGUGUGAACGGAGGGGAUCCCGACACCCCUUCGGUUUUGAAUUCGAAUUUAAUUUUGAAAUUGAAAUCGUCUCUCCAUUUGUCAGAAAUCAUUGUUAAUUUAAUACAUGUGUAAGUUUUAGCAGAAAAUUAAAUGUUUUAGCCAACAAACAAACAAAA